AGCCCAACAAACCAGCAGGGCAUUUCUAAGCCAGGAACAUCCUCAGGAUGGACCUCGUCCUUCUCUGUGUGUUCCUGCCUCUGGUGUCUGUGGCAUGGGGCCAGUAUGGUGACUAUUACUAUGGCCCCUAUAACUAUGGAGAUAAUGAUGAAUGGGUCAAUGUGUACCGGCAGGGUUUCAAUUUCCAGUGCCCACAUGGGCAGGUGAUCGUGGCCAUCAGGAGUGUUUUCAACAAGAAGGAAGGCUCCGACAGACUGUGGAACUAUGCCUGCAUGCCAGCGGCCCAGAACCUCGGUGAGCCGACAGAGUGCUGGUGGGAAGAGAUCAACAGGGCGGGAACUGAAUGGUAUCAAACUUGCUCAAACAAUGGGCUCGUGGCUGGUUUCCAGAGUCAGUAUUUUCCGUCUGUGCUUGACCGUGAAUGGCAAUUUUACUGCUGCCGCUAUAGCCGGAGAUGCCCAUAUUCAUGCUGGUUAACAACAGAAUAUCCAGGACAUUAUGGAGAAGAUAUGGACAUGAUGAUGUACACUUAUGACUACUACAUCCGUGGGGCAACCACAACUUUCUCUGCUGUAGACAGGGAUCGUCAGUGGAAAUUCAUUGUCUGCAGGAUGACAGAGUAUGACUGCCCAUUUCAAAAUGUUUAAAAGAUUGAGUGUACCUCACUUGGAAAGCCUGGGGACAGACAGACAGGGCGGGAUGAGGUUCAGUGAUUACAGAACAGCAAUUAGACUUAAAAAAAAAAACAAACCAAGACUCAUCAGCUGUCUGCUGAAGAUACAGUUCUUUCCCUCUGGAGCUAAUGAAUAAACUACCAACCCACACACUUGCAACAGCAAUUUUGGAGGAUUCCUUUAAGCUGCACUGGCAGUUGUAUUCCCCAAUUAAAAUUGCUUAUGGCAUACAGGUUUAUGAUACUCAAGUCAAUGGCAUAUGCACUAUUACCUUUUUUAUAUAAACAUAUAGCCAUUCUGAACACAUGCAACUUUCUUUCACGUAGCAACUUUGUAUAAAUUGCACAAUCACUCCAAAUGAGGUGGAAAUACACUAUAAGCUUUCCAACAUGAACUAGACUUUCCUGCCUUCUACUUUGUACUUGGAACCAAUGCAGCGAUCCCUACCAGCUUCUCAGCAGCAGUAGCCGAGAGUGUGCUGAAAGUGGCAUCAAGAGGUCUCUGAUUUAUCUGGCAUUACAUGUACAGCCCUCAGCGUAAUUCCACUGCAACAAAGGUCUGCUUGCACAAGGGAACUCUAAGUAUUUACAACACUAGAAGCAUCAAUACCUGAUUAAAUGAGCAUAGAUCCAUCAAUAAAAACAGAAGCCUAACCACCCAGCUUUACUGACAGUGUCUUUUAUAUUGUCUUAAAGGUCUCUUAUGCCAUAACUAGCCAGGAGCUCUACUCUAGGCAAACCCUGGAGUAGGUCAGGCCACUUGCUCUUUCAGUAAAGACAAAUACUGCAUUUGUCACGAGUCUACUUUUUAGAUGGCUUGUGUUUCCACCAUGGAUGCCUAAACAAAUUUCAUCUGCCUUUGUUAAUAUACUUUUGGCUUAGAAUAGACAAAUAAAGCUAAUGACUUAGGUGACCUCAGUUCCUCCAGCUUGCAGACCUCAUUCCCUGUAAAGGAUAAGCUGGCCAUGCUUCAAGACUGCACAGCACUUGUGCAGCUGUAAUCCAAUAAGAAAGAAUAUUGAUUUCUUCCAGGAAGGUCAGAGGCAGGAGUUUUGCUCUUGAAUAAACCAGAAUUUAGUGCUCAGAUUCUCAGCUGAUGAAGUCAAUGGCAAACUUAGCAGUGGCUUGCACGGUGCUGGCUCAAGGGCCAUGAUGACCCCCUGUAUCAAUUUAGUUGUAAAGCUUCAUAGGAAACAAGAGGUGUCAGGCAGUCAGUUUCCAUGUUCCAAGCAUUUUUAACAUAUUUGCUAGCAUACCCUCAAGUGUGAGCAUUAAAACUACACUUGUCCAAUAAAAGAAUAAUGGGUUUUGCAUUACUGUA